AUGGCUACUAACAGCACAGCACAGAAUGGCAGUAUUGGCAGCAUCCCCGCACAGCGGAAGGUGAACGAGCAGGUGCUCUUAGUGCAGGUGUUGGUAGGCAUUUUCCUCUACAUAAACUCCAUCAUGAUCUUUACCUUCUGCAAGAAGGAGGCCUUCCGCACCAACAGCCGCUACAUCCUCUUCGCGCACAUCCUGGUUUGUGACUGCAUAUUUCUAGUGAUUAGCAACGUCCUCUUUCUCCUGAGCUACUUCCGCAUCCUGAUGCCUGUUGGAUUGUGCUUGCUCAUCUGUGCGGUUGUGCUCAUUGUCCAGCUCUGUACACCUCUGACCCUCACCGUGAUGAGCCUGGAGCGCUAUGUGGCCAUCUGCAUGCCUCUGAGACAUGCUGAAAUUUCCACCCCAUCCAGAGCCUUUCUCACCAUCAUUGUCAUCCAUGCUCUCAGCUACAUAAGAGUCAUGACCUCCUUCUCUGCAUUCAUGGCUACUGUCCCACUCAGUUUCUACAGCACUGACAAGGCGUGCAGUGUGGAGAUAAUCAUAAUCCUCGAGUGGCAGGGUCACCUCAGAUCAGCCAUUUCUCAGCUCUACUUCCUGGUCAUGUCCAGCAUCAUCAUGUUCACAUACGUCAAAAUCAUGGCAGUCGCCAAGGUGGCUUCAGCAGACAAUAAGAAAUCCGCCUCCAAGGGCCUCAAAACAGUCCUCCUUCAUGCCAUCCAGCUGUUCCUCUGUUUGAUUCAGUUGUGGUGCCCGUUCAUAGAGAUGGCUGUAAUGGAGGUCGAUCUGAGUCUGUUCUUAAAUCUGAGAUAUGCUGACUACAUCAUGUUUAAUCUUGCUCCACGAUGUCUCAUUCCACUGGUGUAUGGUUUAAGGGAUGAUAAAUUUGUCUCGGUUAUGAAAUAUUAUUUGCUUUUUGGACUGAGUAAGAAAAUAUCCCCUGUCGUUGCAGACCAGUAA